AAGUACACAUACACUCCAUAUAAUAAUCGGAUGCAUGUAAAAGAGACGGGGAGCUUCGACAUGUCGACCACGGGUCCCAUAAGUAAUUACUAUGUGGAUUCUUUGAUCAACCAUGAAUCUGAGGAUGUUCUUGCGGCACGAUUCGCAGCUCCUGGUUCGCACCCCACCGGCCCUCGACCGUCGUCUCUUGUACCGGAGUGUGGAGACUAUCCCUCCUGUAGCUUCGCCCCGAAACCACCCGUUUUUACUACCUCUUGGGCCCCUGUUCACACCCAGUCCUCAGUGGUGUACCACCCAUACAGUCAUCAACCUCAUUUAGGCACAGACUCGAGGUAUGUGCGGUCGUGGCUGGAGCCGAUCUCCGCUGCCAUGCCCUUCCAUGGCUAUCCAACGAAUAGCAGACACUAUGGACUGAAGCCCGAUGCCUUCCAGGAGCACAGAGCCGGCGACUGCCUGAGCUCCAACGGACGCACCUAUACGGAGUAUCUGUACUGCCCCUCCGCUGACAUCCGAGAAAAGACACAGCAAAACAUCCCUUCUCCCGAGUCGGAGCUCCUGCCCUCCGGGAAGCAUAAAGACGAUAAGCCAGAACUAGAUCCGAAUAAUCCAGUCGCUAACUGGAUACACGCACGGUCAACAAGAAAGAAGAGAUGCCCCUACACAAAAUACCAGACUCUCGAACUCGAAAAGGAAUUUUUGUUCAAUAUGUAUCUUACCAGAGACCGCCGGUACGAGGUUGCCAGAGUCCUAAACUUAACAGAGCGCCAAGUUAAAAUAUGGUUCCAAAACCGGCGGAUGAAGAUGAAGAAAAUGAAUAAGGAAAAAUCUGACAGCAAAGAACAGUAAAUGUGGCCCAGCUGCAGUAGUAAUGGACAGAAUCAGACAACCAUGCUAACCACUAUUGACAACAUGGACAACAAAGAUAAACCAAAAUAGACCAUGUUCCUUUCACAUUUGUCUGUUUCGUCUAUUUUGUAUUAAUCCGAAUAUCUGUUUAAUGCCGACUUUUUUGUGCACCUUACUUUGUUCAUUUUUGAAAAUGUAAGGAAACUUCAUCAGUAACUCAGAUUGAUCGAUUAUUGGGAUAAAAUAGCCUACGUAACAUACAAGACCAUUUUGGAGUAUAGGUCGAAGUCUAAUUAAGGAACUUCCCAAGCCACAAGAAAGAAGAUACUUGAAAUAUUUUGAAUUCCAUCAGUCCAUAAUUUAUGAUGUCCGUGUGAAUGUCUUUUUAUGUUUAUUUCUAUUGUAUGUUGUGCAGGUGUUGCAUUCUGAACAGAAACAACACAUCUGCUACCUGAAAAAGUCUGUCUUUUGUCUUUGUGAUAACGUAGUUGUUGUUGUACACUAUUAUGUGCAUCUCACGUUAUUUUUUAUUGUAUAGUUUCAUUUAGAGUGUAGUUAUGGGCCCACUCAAAUAUAUACAAACAUAAUCAGUCA